CUUAACCUCGUAGUCCAAGGCUUUACACUGGCUGAAUUACAGCCAUGGAUGUGGCCUUGGUUGACUUUGAGAGCCUGGAGGACCUUGAUGGCAGCCUUGAGGAUGAAGUGGACACCUUUGCUGAUGAGACCACGGCUCUCACAGCAGAUGUGCCCCCAGAGCACAACAGCCCAGACAACUACUUCCUACGAGCUCCUCAGCUGUCUUCUACACCCUCCCAUCCCAGCCCUUUGCCCUCCUACAUCUGGGAAUCCACCUCUUCAUCGCCCAUUCCACAAUCACAAACACUUGGAGUACCUCAUUCCCCAAUGAUACCAUCCCCAAGCAGAAAGGGGCACAGCAGUUGUGCCAGCAUGAUCUCUAACUGGAAAAUGCUGCUUAACAGUGAAGGGGGAAAGGAAAGUGAGACAAUAUUCAGUCAGCUUACUAAAGAGUUUUAUGAGGAUUUGUUUGGAGAUAAACGGGGUUUGGACGAUGGAGACCAGAAGAUCAUCUUCAAUAUUGCUGGCCUUCGUUUUGAGACACAACUUAAAACAUUGGACCAGUUUCCUGAAACACUUCUUGGGGACCCUUUGAAGAGGAUGGACUACUUUGAUCCAAUGAGGAAUGAGUACUUUUUUGAUCGGAACCGACCAAGCUUUGAUGGGAUCUUGUAUUACUACCAGUCUGGGGGUAAAAUCAGAAGACCUGCCAAUGUUCCCAUUGAUGUGUUUGCUGAUGAAAUUGUAUUCUACGAGCUUGGGAGCGAGGCCAUGGAACAGUUCAGAGAAGAUGAAGGGUUCAUAAAAGAUGUUGACAUCCCACUCCCUAAAAAUGACAUAUCCAGGCAGUUCUGGUUGUUGUUUGAGUACCCAGAGAGCUCCAAUGCAGCACGUGGUGUAGCCCUCGUCUCUGUCCUUGUUAUUGUCAUAUCCAUUAUUAUUUUCUGCAUGGAAACGCUACCAGUAUUCAGAGACGACUCUGAUCCAGUUGUUCCCUCCUUAAAACAUUUCAACCAAUCACGAGGUCACAAUGCUGCAUCUCCAUCUAAGCUCAAAACUUUUUCUGAUCCUUUCUUCUUCAUUGAGACUGCCUGCAUUGCUUGGUUUGCUUUUGAGCUGUGUGUUCGGUUUGUAGCCUGUCCAAGCAAAAGGGAGUUUUUCCACAACCUCAUGAACAUCAUUGAUAUUAUAUCUAUCGUCCCUUAUUUUGUAACUUUGAUCACAGAAUUGGCCACAACCCCAGAAGAGAGCUCAGGACAGAACAUGUCCUUGGCUAUUUUACGUAUCAUCCGCCUAGUCAGGGUGUUUCGUAUUUUCAAACUCUCACGUCACUCGAAGGGGCUGCAGAUCUUAGGGCAGACUUUGAAGGCCAGCAUGAGGGAGCUUGGUUUGCUCAUCUUCUUCCUCUUCAUUGGAGUGAUCCUCUUCUCCAGUGCCAUCUACUUUGCUGAAGUAGAUGACCCUAAAACACAGUUUGUCAGCAUCCCUGAUGGUUUCUGGUGGGCUGUGGUCACCAUGACCACUGUAGGUUAUGGAGAUAUGUGUCCCAUAACCUUAGGGGGUAAGGUAGUGGGCACUUUAUGUGCCAUUGCAGGUGUGUUGACAAUUGCUUUGCCUGUUCCUGUCAUUGUUUCCAACUUCAACUACUUCUACCACAGAGAGACUGAAGCAGAGGACAAGGUUCCCAUGGCAGAGGCUCUCCAGCAAGCACUGGAGGUUGAAGAAAGUAACAAGCGAAGUAGCAAAACUUCACUCAAUAAAGCCAAUGGCAUCUAG